AGAGUACAAAAGCAGCACAGGUUAAAUGCAGUAGCAGGUGCAAGUUUGCCUUAGAGACAGAGGUUACACAGCAGAGGGGAGCACUUACAGUUACAUACACUCACACUGCGGAUUGUCUUGGAGCGUCAUUCCUGUGUUUCCUUUUGUGGCCCUUGCUGUAAUCAGUGUCCCUAUGUCGUCACUGUGCCUCAGCAGUGUCCUGACUCGCGCUAACCUCACCAUGUAUCAGACUGGUAUCCCUGAUGUUGUUCCCCAGCAGCCCAGUGUGCUUCCCAGCAUCAACACCCUGCAGAUCAGCACUCCAGUAUACAGCUCCAACAUGAGCAGUCAGUGGUACAGGCACAUUAACCCUCACUACUGGACAGCAGAACACGUCCUGGAGUGGAUCAGCGACCAUGUAGAGAGCACCAAGUUUGAUGCGAGCACCCUGAGUCUGGCAUACUGCACCAUGGAUGGCCCCGCCCUCUGCCAGAUGAGCCGGGACCAGAUGAUCGGGGUGUUCGGCUCGCAGCUCGGCCCACACCUCCACCAGAGCCUGCAAGAACACAAGACUAAAUAUGAGCUGCAGAGCCUUUCAGUUCCAGAGCUGGAUGAAACCUGCCAGCUCCUGGACAGUUUCCUGGACAACCUAAACUUCCCCUUGCUCAGCACCAUUAGAAUUGGCCAGUCUGAAGAAGCAGUCAGCAAGAGUGAGUUUGACUACAGGGACGAUUAUGAUCUGACCAGUCUGACCAUGGGAGACACUGAGUACCUGUCUGAUAAUCAGUCUGACAGCGAGUACAGCUCCUCCUCCAACAGUGGCAUGUUUGGCUUCCCAAACCUCGACUCACCCGAGUCUGGCAGUGGUGAAUCCGACCCGGAGUUCUCCUACCCUCCAAUAUCAAAGGUGAACAUAAAAACAGAGAAAGGAGAGUCCCGACUGAAGCGACCACGGGGGCGACCUCCCAAACUCAGCAGAGAACACAGCAGCAGCAUUUAUGACAGUUCAAAGAAAAACAAACACGCACCUCGUGGCACUCACCUAUGGGAGUUCAUCAGGGAUAUUCUGAUCCACCCAGAGAAAAACCAGGGCCUGAUGAAGUGGGAGGACCGCCGUGAAGGUGUCUUUAAGUUUCUCAAGUCCGAGGCUGUGGCUCAGAUGUGGGGCCAGAAGAAGAAGAACAGCAGCAUGACAUAUGAGAAACUCAGCCGGGCUAUGAGGUAUUACUAUAAGAGGGAGAUCUUGGAGCGAGUCGAUGGCCGGAGGCUCGUUUACAAAUUUGGAAAGAACUCAAGCGGCUGGAAGAUUGAAGAGAUGAGUAUGGGUAUAUAGGUAUCAGUCACAGAGGGGGUAGAAACUAAAAAGCCAAUCAGAGCAGUUGUUCAGGAACUAGAAAUACCUGUGUGGCAAGUCUGAAAAACCUCUUGCUGUCUCAGAUGUUUAAGACACUAACUUCCUCUUAGCAGGAAGGUGUUGCAGAAAAUGUAAGCCAGUGUUUUUGGCUCUAGUAGGUUUUAUGAACCAAUAUUAUUGUUGUACCUGUUUUGUGUUUUUGAUCACUACAGAAACUUUACUAUGUGCAUAGUUAUCAAAAUGGACAUUGUUUUGGUUGUGAGCACCUAGCGUAAACCCUUUACAGUUGUACAGAAUUUAGUCUGGCGUUUGUAUUGAAGUUUCUUUACUAAUUUGUCACCACGGCAUUUGUUUUGGUAUACGGGCAUUUAUGACUGUAUUGUGGUACUGGAAAUUCGAUAUUCUUUUUUUCUCUACUUUCGUAUUGCUGUCUUGUUAUUCGAAAAGGGUAAAACAUUUACCAUGUGUUUUUCAUGUGAAUAUUAAAUAAGUUGUGGAUCUGAAUACAGGUUUUGAAAAGUCUUCCACUGUUAAACUCUGCAGGACAAAGACAGAACAGAUUAAUGUAGGUGAUGCUACUUUGCAUUAACACAGUAACAAUGUGCACUACAUGUUUAUCGGUAUCACUUAUUAUAAAGUGUGUUUACACAAUGUUUGAGUAAAAAGUAGUAACUAUAUCACAGUCACGUAUCCUAUGUAUGAUCAUCACAUGUAAAAACAGUUUCUAUGAAUCAGUCAGAAAUCAGUUGCACGUGUGAUUGUUUUAAAUGUACACUGUAUGUCUUUUGAAUAAAUCUUGUAUCAUGUA